UCGUUUGAAGCUUCGACCUUCGAGGCAAACGAUAUCUUUAAAAUCCCCAUGAUUGACCAAAACCUCUGAUACACAGUUCAGAACGCAAAAAAAAACUUUUUUUUUUUUUUUUUUUUGUUUUGGGCAAAUGGGUAUUCUGGAAACCGUGGGUUCCAUUGAUUGGGAGCAAGAAUCGUAUCCAAGCUACAGAGAUUUGGCAGUGCUUCCGCUGUUCGUGCUGUUCUUCCCCGCUGUCAGAUUCUUGCUUGAUAGAUUCGUAUUUGAGAAUCUCGCCAGGUGGUUAAUAUUUGCAAAGGGGCAGAGGGUGGUGGAAAAUGAGACCGACGAACGAAGAAAAAAGAUACGGAAGUUCAAGGAAUCAGCAUGGAAAUGUGUUUAUUUUGUUUCAGCUGAAAUUUUCGCACUUUCUGUUACCUACAACGAGCCUUGGUUCACCAAAACAAAAUAUUUCUGGGUAGGCCCUGGGGAUCAGGUCUGGCCUGACCAGAAAUACAAGGCAAAAUUGAAGGCUCUUUAUAUGUAUGCUGGUGGGUUCUACACAUAUUCCAUAUUUGCUCUUAUAUUUUGGGAAACGAGGCGCUCUGACUUCGGGGUUUCAAUGAGCCACCAUCUUGCUACUGCUAUUCUCAUUGUCUUGUCCUAUCUAUUCAGGUUUGCACGUGUCGGUUCAAUUGUUUUAGCCCUCCAUGAUGCUAGUGACGUACUUUUGGAAAUUGGGAAAAUGUCUAAAUACAGUGGUGCUGAAACUCUUGCCAGCAUUUCAUUCAUUCUUUUUGUUUUAUCUUGGGUCCUUCUUCGCCUUAUAUACUUUCCUUUUUGGGUUUUAUGGAGUACAAGCUACGAAGUUGUAUGGACUUUGGAUAAGGAGAAACACAAAGUGGAAGGACCAAUAUAUUACUACAUCUUCAAUUCUCUUCUAUUUUGCUUGCUCGUUCUGCAUAUAUAUUGGUGGGUGCUGAUGUAUAGGAUGCUUGUUAAACAAAUCCAAUCAAGGGGCCAAGUCAGUGAUGAUGUUCGAUCUGAUUCCGAGGAUGAAAAUGAACACGAAGAUUAAAAGUUAUUUUCCCCUAACUGAUGUGAAGUGAGAAACACAAGCGUAGUUUACACGAGCACGAUGGUUAAGUCGAGAAAUACGAAUACGGGUGCUGCUUGUAAAGCCAGUUGUUUUGUUAGUCAAGGAUGCAGAUUAUUGAAGACAUUGCAAGUGAACAGAAACUGUUGGUUUAACAUUAGAAAUAUCAUUUUAAGUUGACCAAAAUUGGGUCUUUUUGCAAGUUCUAUUAUUUUGCAAGGAUUGUAUGUAUCACAGACAUGACUGGAGCUUGGUGCCAGCAGGGAGAAUUGUUGUUUCUGUUAUUGGGAAUGAAAUGGAACAAAUGGACUAAGGUUCAUGAACUGAAAA